AUGGCCCAGUUUGAGAAUGGUCUCUUCGGAUGCUUCAGUAACAUCGGACUGUGUGUAUUCAGCUACUUCGUGCCGUGCUACACCCACGGCAAGACGGCAGAGGCAGUGGGUGCCGGAACCUGUCUGAUAUGCGCCCUGAGUUUGUUCGUGCCGUUCCUGAACAUCUGGGCUCUCAUCACCACAAGGGGGAAAGUCAGGGAGAGCAAAGGAAUCGACGGAACCCUCGUCAACGAUCUGGUGAUGAUCUGCUUUUGUGGACCGUGUGCUGUCAUCCAGAGUGCCCAGGAGAUGGGCGUUCAUACCCCGUUGGGAGCAGGGGAGUCUAUGGCCCGCGUCUAA